UACCACGCGUGGAUGCAGUCGGAGGAGCUGCAGCGCCUGACGGCCUCCGAGCCCCUCAGCCUGGAGCAGGAGUACGAGAUGCAGCGCAGCUGGCGGGACGAUGCAGACAAGUGCACCUUCAUCGUGCUGGACACGGAGCGGUGGUCCGGGCAGGCGUGUGCAGAUGAGGACUGCAUGGUGGGGGACGUGAAUCUCUUCCUCACUGACACCGAGGAUCCAACAUUGGGCGAGAUUGAAAUUAUGAUUGCAGAGCCUGGCUACCGAGGCAGAGGGUUUGGCAAGGAGGCAACGCUGAUGAUGAUGUCCUAUGGAGUGAGAAACCUGGGGAUCACCAAAUUUGAGGCUAAGAUUGGUCAGGAGAAUGAAGUCAGUAUCUGCAUGUUCAAAAAGCUUCAUUUUAAGGAGGUUGCUGCAAACAGCAUUUUCCAAGAGGUGACACUGAGGCUGGACGUCAGUGACGAGGAGAGACACUGGCUCCUUGACCAGACAAACCACGUGGAGGAGAAGAGCUACGUUGAACGGAAGCUGCCAGCUGGGGUGGUGGAGACCUGA